CGCCCCUUGCUACUCGGGGACUUUUACUGGACCCGGCCGAGUGAGACGCAACUCCCGCUGCUCCCGCGAUCUUGACUCUGGGCGAUGGAGAACGGAGCAGUGUACAGCCCCACCACUGAGGAGGAUCCGGGUCCCGCCAGGGGCGCCCGGAGCGGCCUCGCUGCCUACUUCUCCCUGGCCCUGCUCCCUUGGUAUCGGCGGGUUCUCAAAGGCUUGCAGCUGUUGCUGUCUCUGCUGGCAUUCAUCUGUGAAGAAGUUGUAUCACAAUGCACAUUGUGUGGAGGACUUUACUUUUUUGAAUUUGUAAGCUGCAGUGCCUUCCUUCUGAGUCUCCUUCUGCUGAUUGUGUAUUGUACUCCAGUGUAUGACAGAGUUGAUAACACAAAAGUAAAAUCAUCGGAUUUUUACAUUACAUUGGGAACAGGAUGUGUAUUUUUGUUGGCAUCUAUCAUUUUUGUUUCUACCCAUGACAGAACCUCAGCUGAAAUUGCUGCAAUUGCGUUUGGAUUUCUAGCAAGUUUUAUGUUUCUGUUUGACUUUGGUGCUAUGCUUUUUGAAAAGCUACAGGAGUCCCAGCUAAGAAAACCUGAGAAUACCACUCGAGCAGAAGCCCUCACUGAACCCCUUAAUGCCUAAAGACUCUGGGGAGCAGGUGUUACACAAGAUGGUGACUCUUGGUGGUGAUGCCUGAGCUCUGGCAGAAGGUCCUGUAGAAUUUGUGUAAUUGCUUAAACCACUUCUUUGGAGAAUUGGGGGAAUAGCAGGAAGGCAGGUUUAUCAAUAUUAGGCUGUGUUUUCAGUCACCACAGUCUAGAGUAGAGGGUUUUUUAUUUUUAAUUGUAAAAAAAACCCAAAAACCUUAAAACUUGUUGUUAUGGAGUUUGUCUUUUUUUUUGAGGAGAAGGACCGUUGUUUAAAUCACACAGUUCAACUAAAGAUAAAUGAUUCUGUCCUUGUGUUACAGGGCAUUCUCUUAUUAGUCUUAGCUUCCAAAUUAUGCUUUAUAGCUGUAUAAACAGCAUGAUUAUAUUCAUUUAUUUAGAAAUUAUUUCAUUCUUAAAUUAAUUUGCUUAGAUAUUAAUAUUUUUAUUAGAUUAUGUUCUGUUAAUGGAAAUUUAAUGUAUAUUUUAAUAGACCAAUAUUUUAAAUGUUGGUCUAGGUUUUUUCUUUACUAUGUGAUACUUGGCUUUACUGUAUCUCACUCAGCCUUAAAAUUAUAUGGUAACAUUUUAGGAUAAUUAUUAACUCUUUCUGAGACCUUUGUAUAGCUUAAUAUAAAAUAUCUGGGAGCUGUUGGUAUUUUAUGUGUAAAAGCAGCAGCAAUCUCAUGUUUAAACUGCACUUUGUUGAGAUCAGGUUUAAAAAAAAAUGAUUGUUAUAUAACAGAAAAAUUGAAGAAACUGAUAUUAUACCUAAGGACCAAAGAAAAGAAAGGUAGAUUUUUUACUUAGUACAAUAUAUAGAAACAGGCUUCAACCACUUCCCAUGUAUGUGAAGAAGUGAAUUUAUACUAUGGGUUAGAAAAAAGGGCUGUUACCCUGUUGGCAUGUGAUCAUUUCUAUUUAAUGCAGCUCUGUGGGUCCUUUUAAGAUCACUUUGAGCAAGUUUUCUUUUUAAAACCCCAGUCUUUGAUUUUUCAUCUGUUUGAGAUGCUUCCUUUUCUGUCUUAUCAGAAUGGUCCACAUGCUGCUUCAUCAUCUGACAGAGGUGGGCCUCUUCCUUGUUAGUUUUCUUUAGGUGUGAAAGUGUGUAGCGGGAGCCUUAGGGUCCUCGUUCCCACAUUGGCAUUGCUCUAGCUUCUUGUAGAAGAAGAUAUCGUAAGAAAGUGAAUGUCCAGGAACUUGACCAGGUGAAUACUGUCGAUGAUGUAAGGAAGUAGUCAAACCAUUCUCAAGAGAUUUCGGUUCUGAUAAUUUGAAAGAAUUGUCUUUUGCUCGCUGUCUUAUAGUCAUACACACAGGGCACUUGAGAUAGGACUUUGUUGAGAUCAGUCCUUUCUGCCCAAGUCAUACAGAGUAGACCUUUCUUGUUCUCGACCAGAGACUCCAGUAUUAAGGUCAUGAACCCAGAAGUCACAUCCUUUCGUAUUUUGGUGGAGGAUUCCUAGGCUAGGUUUUCUCUCUACAGCAGUGGAAUCUUAUUUCCAGUGAUUCAGUUAAUGACCACAUUCUUUUUAGUUUCUCAGCUGCCAUUUGAAUGUUGUAGAUAGGUUUUAGUUGCAUGCACGUGGCUAUUGUGGUUCUCAAAAAUUGGUCAGACUGGGCAGAUACAGCCUCUGCUGUGUUAUAAGGUCAGUUUCUUAUUCAUCUGUAUCCUAUUUUAGAUGCUAGUGUUAGUGAUGAUAUCACUACUACCUACUUGGGAGAUAAUGAAAUCAAUCAUAGAUUCUGUUUUUAUUGGGUAUGUCAUCUAAAAGAGGAGAAAUAGCUGGGUCUUAGGUCCAAGAAUGAUGACUGAUUCAAAGAUAAAAAAUUUAUGGUAGGCAAUUGUAGAAUUUCAGAUCACACUGUGUACUCUUGUCAUUUUAAAUGUCAUCUAUACCCAUAUAGAAUUCACAGCAAAUUGACUGGGCUACCUCAGUUUUACCACCUGUGUUAGUCAUCUUUCUGUUGCUAUAAGAAAAUACCUGAGAAAAUAAACUGAAAAAGAAGAAAUGGUUAUUUGGGAUUACAGUUUUGGAGGUUUCAGUCCAUGGUCAGUUGACCCUGUUGCUUUGGGGUCUCUGGUGAGGCAGAACAUCGCACUGAGGAAUGUAUGGUAGAACAAGCUGCUCACCUUAUGGCAGCUGGGAAGCAAAAAGGAAAAAAGAGAGCAGCAAAGACAGAAGUCCUAUAGUCCCCUUCAAGGGCACCCCCCCCCCCCCCCCCAAAAUCUCCCAUUAGGCCCAACCUCUAAAAUUUCCAGCACUUCUUAAAUAGUGCCAUUCUAGAGAACAAGCCAGCAAUGCCUGAGCCUUUGGGGAACAUUCUAGGUAUAAAUUAUGGCACCAACCAUGCUUUGGGCUUAGUUAGAAUUGACGGACUUAUUCCCAGUUGGCUUCACUCAUUCAGCAUGUUGGGAUUGAUUGUAACUCUGCUUAUUCUGAAGUUUUACCUCCAUGUUUCAUUGGUGCAGAAGUGGGCUGCUUAGUAGGCCACUUAAUCUUUUCUUUUUCAGAAAGAUAAUUUGUUCACUUGUAUUUUUGGCCACUCUUAGAAUCUUCUUUCACAUUAUUUUUUUUUAUGGAACCCAUUAUUAGUUAGCUUCUCUCACCUGGAAGGAAACGAGUAAAAAGAUCAUGGUAGUAAAUAAGUUCAAGGAGAAUUUGGGACCAGAAACUGCUGUUAUGUAUAGAAAAGGGCAAUCUCAGUAAAUUCAAAUUUAAAAUAAUUUUAUAUUAACAGCUAUGGCAAAUUUGUAUUUUAUAAAAACUGUUUAAAAUGGUUUUUAAGAAUUAUAAGGGAAAGGUACUUAUAGUGCAAAAAUUUUGUAAUUAUUAAAUUAUGCUUUAUUUGGGGACUGGGAAAUGUAUUUUUACAUUGUUUAUAGCCAAUCAUUUUUGUAUUUGUCAAUGUAAAUCCUGUGGGUCUUUUUUAUCUCUCUCAAUGUCAAAUUUUAUAGUCUUCUUUUUAAAUAAAUCCAUUUAAUUAAAAUGUU